GGGCGGGAGCGGGGCCCGCCCGCCGCGGGGCCGGAGGGGCAGUGCUGACCGCCAUGGAGACCCGGCCCGCGGCCCCGGCGCCCUACCGCGCCACCAAGCUGUGGAAUGAAAUUACAAAGUAUUUCCGAGCAGGCAUGCCACUAAGGAAACACAGGCAGCAUUUCAAGAGACAUGGAAGCUGUUUCACUGCAUCAGAAGCUGUAGACUGGCUCCAUGAAGUGCUAAGGAAUAACAGUAACUUUGGUCCUGAAGUUACUAGGCAGCAGACUAUUCAGUUAUUAAGAAAGUUUCUCAAGAAUCACGUAAUUGAAGAUAUUAAAGGGAGAUGGGGAUCUGAAAGCUUAGAAGACAACAGUGCACUAUACAGAUUUCCUGCAACAUCUCCAGUUAAACCUCUACCAAGUCCAUGCUCACAAAAAGAGAACUUGGAAAACUUCUCUAGAGACAAAGAAAGACUUUUUAAACUGCCACAUUUAUCCAGGAGAGCUUUUAAAAGGCAUGAGUUACUACAGUCUCUGGAAAAUUUAGAAAAAACAAAGCCUGAUAGAAUAGAAGAAAACGAGGAAGACACGCUGCAUAGGAAGGAAAUAAGCCAGGAAUAUGUGAAAGAAACUUGGAGAAAUAUCAUUCUAAUACAUUUGCAAACCAUUUUAGGCCUCCCAUCUUUGGAAGAAGUUCUUCAGCCAGCACAGAUCAUUCCUGAGUAUGUCAUAUACAACAUGACUAACACGAGCAAACAUGGUGUUGUGAUUCUGCAGAACAAAUCAGAAGACCUCCCCCACUGGGUGUUGUCAGCUAUGAAGUGCCUCGCAUACUUUAUGUGUGGCUACAUCACAAUUCCAGAUAUAUGCAGUGGAAAACAUUCUGUCCAAGAUGAGAAAUGUGACUCGCAACCUUCAAAAGCUCUUCACUUGAACUCUUUCAAAUCAACUGAGUGUCUUCUCCUAAGCCUGCUUCGCAAAGAGCCUGACAAAAACCAGAAAGAAUGUGAAGUUUCCAUGAAGUGUUCUUCAGGAGAGCUAACUGUACCAAAACAAUGUGCAAAGAAACUGUGGCAGCAUAAACAGACACAUAAACAAGAUAGUUCUGCCAAUCUAACAGGAGGAAGCUGUCAAAAUCUUUCAGGAUUCAGGAAUGAACAAGUUCCACCUCAGACAUUUAGGACAAGGUGUUACUCUUUGGAAAGAAUUGGAGAUGCUCCUUCAAGUGUAUGUAAUAAAGGAGGAUCUGAUUCCCUCAGGCAAAGUGAUGUGAACACCAUCCUGGGCACAAGAAAUGGAAAACGAUCGCUGCCCUAUGGGCAUAAAGCUAAUUCUGUGUUUGAGCUUGGUUUUGAUAACACAGGUCAAGACCAAACCCAUGGUAUCAAAAGAGUGUCUGCCUCAGCUCUUCAGGAUAAAGAGCUAUUUAUUGAAGAUCAUGGAUUGAAGCAAAUACACGGGUCUCUGAGUUUACUUGGCAAGAGGAACUCCAAAAGUUGUGCUAGUAUUAAUAUGCCAGUUGCUGAAAUCACAGUAAAGCCAAGUUCUCAACUUUGUGGGCAAGGAAAACCAAAUAGCUGUGGUGUGGCUACUUCAGCGGACAUCAGGACUGAGGUUUCUGAUACCACCAUCAAAAAGAGGCUCUGCAAAAGUACCACAGAACUCUCAGAAUGCUCUUUCACUCACUCUUCUUAUAUGUUGACUGGCACGCAAAAUCUUCUUCAGCCUCAUUUAGAAAGAAUUGCUGUUGAAGCACUGCAGAUAUGCUGUUUGUUGCUUCCACCACCAAACCGUAGGAAGAUUCAGCUCCUGAUGCGCAUGAUCUCUCGGAUGAGUGAGAACGUGGAUAUGCCGCGACUGCAUGAUGCCAUGGGCACACGCUCUCUGAUGAUCCAGACCUUUUCUCGCUGCGUGCUGUGCUGUGCAGAAGAAGUGGAUCUCGAUGAGCUGCUCUCUACACGAUUAGUUUCGUUUCUAAUGGACCACCAACAAGAAAUAUUUAAAGUACCCACUUACCUGCAGGUUGCGGUGCGAGAUCACAUCGAACACAUGAAGAUGGCUCAGUGCAAAUACCCAAAGGAAGAAAUUUGUGCCAUAUUGCCAACAUAUUCAUACUGCAAACAAAUCACUCCUCAGGAGUUUGAAGAACAAAAGGUUUCUACCUCUCAAGCUGCAGUAGCAGAGCUCUUGGAGAACAUUAUCAAAGAUAAGAACUUGUCUGUGAAAGACAAGAAGAAAAAGUUGAAACAGUUCCAGAAGGAAUACCCACUGAUCUACCAGAACAGAUUUCCAACUACAGAAAAUGAAGCGGUGCUGCUUGAGAACAAACCUACCAUCAAACAACCGAUGCUUAGCUUAAGGAAACCCAGAUUUCGUAGCCUAAGAUAUUAACUUAACCAUACUUCAGCCGUGUAUUUAUUUGUUGGAUGUAUGUGUGAAUGAUGUACCAAAGGACACUCGCUGCAGAAAUUCAGUGGUGGCUGUGUGUGGAGCAGGAAGAAUUGUUUACAUGGACACUGUGCUGAAAGGUGCCAAAAUACCUUUUUUGUGUGUGUGUGCAGUAACUUUUGAAUAACUAAGAGAGAAAUAUUUAUCUGUUUACAAAUUAUUACAAUAUAUUAUGUUCAGUAAAAGAAGUGUGAAAAUAAGCAUGAAGCUAUUAGUAACCAAAAACUGAUACAUGGUUUCCUUAUGGGAAGCUGAUGAGAUGCGUAUUGUUGUAACAUUUUGCUGUCUGUUCAGGAAUUUGUGCCAUUUAUCAUAGGUUUUAAUGUCUAUGUUAUGAAUAAGUGCCUUCUUUUGUGUUCUCAAAAUAUUUGUCUUUAAACAAAACAAUGUUCUUUGAGGUUGGGACUAAUUUAGAAGUCAGUUCUGUUGUUUCCAAUGGAGGCAAUAAUUCACCAUAAAUAAAUGAUUAUCUGACUCCAAAAGUACUUCUGUUCAUCUCAUCUGUAAAAUCCACAUAAGCUUUUGUGUAUUUAUUUAUAGUAGAACUCUUAGGUAUGUUUCUGAUAUUUUCAUGGAAAAUUUAUUUCAGAUCUAUUGGUAUUCUUCCCAAAACAAUGGAAGUGAUGGAUGAUACAUGAAGAGACAAUAAAUGCAGUCAGAAAACA